AUGGCCCAACCGGCCCACCCUCACCCCUCCCUCCAAACCCUAUCUUCAGCCGCCCGUGCCCCCAACCCCCGCACGCGCCGCCCGCCGCCGCAGCGCGCCUCCACGCAGCCCGCCCCCGCAGUGCCGCCCGCCCGCCCGCGCAACCCGCCCCCGCAGCGCCGCCCGCCCGCCGCCGCAGCGCCUCCGCGGGCGCCACCUCCCGCCCGCGCGCGCCUCCGCGUGCGCCACCGCGCUCGCGCCGCACGCAACAGCAGCAGCGCCGCGCCCCCAGCCCAUCCCCUUGGGCGGCGGGACUUGCUGUGUGGGAUUGGGAAGGGAGACGAGCCGCCACCGGAGCAGAGGCCGGGGCAGCUGCGCAAGCAGAUGGAGGAGGUCGAACUCAGCCUCGGGUUGUCGCUCGGCGGCCGGUUCGGGCUAGACAGAAAGGGGGACAAGCUCCCCUGGUCGUCAUCCGUGGCGGCCAUGCUGACGCCGCUGGUGGAGGUGCCGGCGCCGCGCGCGCUCCCGCGGACGAGCUCGCUGCCGGUCCUGGCCGAGGCGUCGAAGGUUGGGAGGCAGCAGGGGCAGGCUGGAUGGGGUUCUUGCCUUGAUGGCGGGGGUCUCGGCGUGGAACACGCAGCGAGGCUGCCGGCGAGCGGGAGCCCUUCCUCUGCCUCUUCGGGAGGUGAUGGGCAGAGAUUGCAAGGCACACUCAUGAGGACUAGUUCACUCCCUGCUGUCAUUGAGGCUGCUGGCAAUGAUGAAUGGAAGAAACCUUUUGAGAGCAUUGCCACACAUGGACAUCUGGACCUUACAAUGCAUUGA